CCGCCCCGCCUGGUCUCGGGGCCGCACCUCCGAACCGGUUUUGCCUCGCGGAGCCGGCAGCUUCAGGUGCUGCGGCCGCAGUCCUCGACUCGUCGCUUCUACCGGGCCGUAGCGGUCUCAGGUGUACCUUAGCUCGAGUCAGUGCCAUGAUCCGGCAGGAGCUCUCCACAUCCUACCAGGAGAUGACCACGUGGAGACACAGAGACUCCGUGUGAAGGUGGAUGUGGAGAUUGGAGAUGAGAUGCAUCUACAGGCCAAGGAACACCGAGGCUUGCCCACCAUUACCAGAAGCUAGGAGAGCGCCAUGGAGAAGAUUCUUUCUCACAGCCCUCAGAAGGAACCAGCCCUGCCAUCACCUUGAUUUCAGAUUUCAAGUUUCCGGGACUGCAAGGGGAUCAACUUGUGUUAUUUUGAGGCACCCUGUCUGUGAUGCGUUGUUACAGCAGCCCUGGGAAACCAGCAGACAGGAAGUUACGUGACUUUUCCGAGCUUCAGUGUCCUCAUCUGUAUAGACUGAGUGAGGAGUUGGAUCAGGUGGUUGAGAACUCAGAGCGGGCGGACGAGCAGGAAAAGGAGACAGACAGAGUCCAAGGUCCAGGAGUCUUACCAGCCCUGGACAGCGAGUCGGCCUCCAGCAGCAUCCGCUUCAGCAAGGCCUGCCUGAAGAACGUCUUCUCCGUCCUGCUCAUCUUCAUCUACCUGCUGCUCAUGGCGGUGGCCGUCUUCCUGGUCUACCAGACCAUCACAGACUUCCGUGAGAAGCUCAAGCACCCUGUCAUGUCGGUGUCUUACAAGGAGGUGGAUCGCUACGACGCCCCAGGGAUUGCUCUGUACCCGGGUCAGGCCCAGCUGCUCAGCUGCAAGCACCAUUACGAGGUCAUUCCGCCUCUGAGGAGCCCUGGCCAGCCAGGCGACAUGAACUGCACCACCCAGAGGAUCAACUACACAGACCCUUUUUCCAACCAGACCCUGAAAUCUGCCCUGAUUGUGCAGGGGCCCCGCGAGGUGAAGAAGCGGGAGCUGGUGUUCCUCCAGUUCCGCCUGAAUGAGAGUAGCGAGGACUUCAGUGCCAUCGAUUACCUCCUCUUCUCGUCUUUCCAGGAGUUCCUGCACAGCCCAGACAGGGUGGGCUUCAUGCAGGCCUGUGAGAGCGCCUAUUCCAGCUGGAAGUUCUCCGGGGGCUUCCGCACGUGGGUCAAGAUGUCCCUGGUGAAGACGAAGGAAGAGGACGGGCGGGAGGCGGUGGAGUUCCGGCAGGAGACCAGCGUGGUUAACUACAUUGACCAGAGGCCCGCCGCCGAGAAAAGUGCUCAGUUGUUUUUUGUGGUCUUUGAAUGGAAAGAUCCUUUCAUCCAGAAAGUCCAAGAUAUAAUCACCGCCAAUCCUUGGAACACAAUCGCCCUCCUCUGUGGGGCCUUCUUGGCGUUGUUUAAAGCAGCAGAGUUUGCCAAACUGAGUGUGAAAUGGAUGAUCAAAAUUAGGAAGAGAUACCUUAAAAAAAGAGGUCAGGCAGCAAACCACAUAAGCUGAGGUGGCCUCGUGGUGUUUGUAGAACUGCCCCCGGUGAUGGAAGUUCUCGUCACUUCUGUUUUGGUACACGGAGCAACCGGUGGCCCUGUGCUCACUUGAAACGAGCCUCGCUGCGAACAGCAGCCUGCCAGACCGCAGCUUCGACCCUGGCCCCAAAAGAGGAUGUUUAGAGCCUAAUGGAACAGAGCCAGUGGAUAACCUAAAACCUAUUUAAGUAUUUAAAUUAUUAACGAACAUUUUUGGACAAAUGAAUAGGGAUUGUGGAAGAUGGAAUUAGAUAUGUAUCAGGUUUUCUGAAGGGUUGUGAAGCUGCCUUUCUUAUUUGGUUUGGUGUAUAGUUAAGCUCUAACAGGAUAAUUAAGGCUCUGCAUUUCACCUUAGUCUGCCCCCCACCCCACCCCACCCCAGGUUUUUUAAGUGGACAGAAGAGAGCGUGAUUUUCUUUUUCCCCAAAUCCUGACGAUGCAGAUGUGCAGGUUAUGCGUUGAAGCCUCUGCACCCUGUACCCAAAGGCAGAAUCCCUUAUGUCUUCGGCAUCAUCUGCCAGUUACGUUAUCUGGCCUCUGACAUGCUCUCUCAUUUGUUAAAUUUUAAAAUGGGACUUUUUUAAAGCUACUAGAAACUAGUGCUAAGCUUUCCUGUGGAUUGACUAGCCACCUACCUGUCUGGCUAGAAUAUUUGUUGAUGCAGGUGUAAGAGUGCAAAGUGAUUAACCUGCAAAAGCACUGGGACAUGUACAGAGGAGGUGCCUACUCGGUGUAUUUUGAUGAUUUUAUUAACAGGUAAAUAAAAGUUAGGUUAAUGCAAAAGGAGUCCGUUUGCCAGUAUGAAUAUCUGCUAAAUUGGUAGACACCAGUACACUUUCAUUCUGUGACCUCCAAAUAAGUGGCCACGUGAGCUUGGACUCCCAAGGUGGAUGGAUCUGGACUCCCGAGGUACGUCAUGACUGCGUCCAAGGAAGGGUAGGUGGCCCAGUAAGAGUGACAGAGCUACUCUGUCCUCCGUGUUCUGUUCCUGUCCUACCUACCAAAGCACCCAUCUGAGAAAGGGGCACUCAGUGUGACCCUCAAAGCCUUCAGCCUAGCUUUUGACAGAGAUGAGUACUCAGUAUUUUUUACACAGUAGCAAUGGGGUGAUUUAAGGUUAUGAAAAUUGUCUCCAGAGUUUCAAAUUAUUUACAUGCCCUUUGCUUCCAAAGAGGACUUGGUAACACUUCCUGCAUUUUAUAACCUGGCUUUAGGUAAUUUAAAGAGGAAAAACUCAAAUGUACAAGUGGGGCAUUCUUAUCUCAUGUCUAACUUAGCAAGACACUGUUACUUGAAUUACUAAAGAUAAACUUGUGCAAAGAAAUAUUCCCUGGUACUCUGCUAUGCCACAGAAGCAUGCACAUUCAAACAUGAGCCUAGAUCUUGUCUUUCUGUAAAGUCUUUUCGGUAAGGCAAAUGCAAAGCCAGGCGUAGCGUAGCUUACCUUAACAAUACUGGAAAACGCGUGUCUGUGUGUGUGUUAAAAUCUCUCUGAAGAUGACACACCACUUUAGUAUUAACUAUCUAAUAAAAUUUGCUCAUAUAAACAUACUAAAACUGCACUUCCUGUAUUGUGGAAAGUUGAGAGACAUCUUACAUGUGCUUUAAAAUAAGUAGUUAGGAAGUGAGCAUUUUUAAGCUUGUCAAAAAAACUUUACAGCUGCAGCCUGCCCGAAUCCACUGUGGCUGUUCAGCGAAAGAAAUAUAUAAACCUUCCACUACCAGACAGUUAGACCUAACCUUUACUUUCUGGAAAGGUAGGGCUGGCCUUUCAGUCUGUGUUCUGUAGUAGGAUCACCCUUGCCUUCCUGUGCUGCCCCCAGCUGUCAGUAACACUGGCUGGCCUUGGGUUAGUGCGGAGGUUUUGGCAAAAGCAUGUUGAUCUGGGUGGCCGGGGUAAGGUGGCUAUUUGAGACACUAAAAUAUGAGCCAUGUACCGAAAGGAAGAGUUUCUCCUGGGGCCGCAGCGAGUGAAAGGAGUUGCUUUUACAGUGACCUAGGAAUCGUGUGCAGGACCCAGGCUAGAGUUCCUCAUGAAUGCAAAAGAGUGGGAAGUUUACAAUAAUGUCUAAUUUCUGACUCUGCCAUAAUUUCUCUGGACCUCACCCAGGGAAGUGUUUAUUAUAGAUUUUGAGAUUUUUAAUUCCAACUGACAUUUAAGAUAAUUUGAAUCUAUUCUCUGAACACAGACAUGAAGGAAGAUGAAAGGAUAUCCUGAAACUUGGAAUUUUAUACAGGUAUUCUGUAAAACAGAUGUACUCUGGUAAGUGGCUGCAGCGGUCAUGUAUGGCUUUAUGAAUAUAAGGGAGAGCAGGCUGCGUCUGGACGCCUCAGCUUAGAGCUGGAAAAAGCAAACACAACAUAGGCCAAAUACAAACAUAGACUUUAUUAAAUGCUGCUCAAUCCCCCAAUGAAGAUCUUUCAUUACAAAACAGUUUUCCACGCAACUGCAAGAGAUUGGAAUGGUACUCAAAAGAUGUGAGAAAUACUUGACCAAGUGAAAACAUACAAGACCUCUCUACAGUCAAGAACUCUACAGGGGAGAAGCCUACUGCAUUUCCUUUAAAUAAAGCCAGGCAGUGACAGUGAGCGUUCUGCGUCACCACAUUGUGGGACUCAAAGCCUCCUUCCCUGGGUCAGGAGGGACUGGAGGAAGGGCAGGUUGUGAGGACUGGAAAGGUCCUGCCUUCAGCCUUUGGGAGGAAGAGGAGGAAUGAACUGAGAGGCGGGCUCAGUGUUCACCUGCGCUGCCUCUAUGAAUCUGGGCUCAUCGCUCUGGGGAGUUGCAGAUGAGAGGGGGGUAUUCAUGAGGAGCAAUAUAAAGAAUUUGGUUUACUUUCCCAGCUUUUAUUUAUAUUUUGUGCUUUAAAAAGUCUGGAGAUUUAAGUUUCUGUUCAAAUUCCAGAGUGCAGUAAAUACCUCUAAUGAAGGAAGGCUUAGGGCAGGUAACUCCCCCCCAUCAUAUUUCUGGGAGCAACAAAGGGAAGAGUAAGGAUUACACCUUAGUUUUAUUUUAGGAAAUGUUCUUUUUCCCAGGAUGUAACUAAGGUCUGCAGCAAUGUGAAAAGCACAUUAUAAAAGGGAAAACUAUACAGAGCAGACUACUAUAUCUAUGUGCAACACAAUCAAAAAAAAAAAAUUCAAGUCAUAAUUCUUACCACUCCCAUAAUUAUCUCACUCAUAUCA